UAAAUUCUUGUCCUCGUUACAACCCUCAUGGCCGACUUAUCUACUAUCCCGUCGUCUCAGAUACGUCGUACCUCUUCUCGGCGCAUCGCAAGUUGGACAUGACAGCGUUACCCGCAGAAGAAGGCCGCCGGACUACAAAAUCUUCCAGACCUUCCAGGCCUGCCGUUGCCGCUACUAGUGCUACCGCCACUUCUGAAUCACAUGCAACUCUGGCUAGAGAGAGCGACAAAGGCAACAUAGCUCAACCGCGAGCGAAACGGGUGCAGGUUGCCCGUGCCUGCCAGCGAUGCAGGAGGCUUCAGAAAGCGUGCAGCGACUCGCGACCGUGUCAGCGUUGCACGAGAGCCGGGCUUUCUGACGAAUGCAGCGGGUUCGCAGUCCAGUCCCGGGCAUUGUCUCAGAAUCCGUCUUCGCAAUUAUUCAAAUCUGCCGAUGCCCCGGUCCGGAUCUACGGGGCUGCAAAUUCUUUUGAUACCGCUCCGCGUCCGCUUUUUAUCAAUCUAGAACUACCUUCAAGCCCUCAGUCGUUCACCAGCUUCUCGAGAGAGUCGUUCGAGAAGAAAGCUGACUUAUUACCUCCACAAGUCAUCGACUAUUGUUCCGGGCGCUUUUUUGAGCGUCUCGCGCCGACUAUUCCCAUCUUGACACCGGAAUAUGUCGCGAAUCUCAGGACGCGAGCCCCCUCAGAGAGCGAGGCUUAUUGUGUCCUACUUGGGCUAUGCACUAUGGUGACGCUACAGGUUGAGGAUCCCCGGGACAAAUAUUUCGGACCGUUCGUCACAGCCGAGAACAAUGCCGCGUAUGGCUGGCUAUUGCUCGAGGAGGCUUUGGCGGCGCAUCGCCAUCUAGCACGUAGAUCGAAUCCGUGUCUUGACUCCGUCCUGCUCGUAUUCUUCAUAUAUGCCUGCCACGCAAGCCUGUUCCACCACUCCCAAGCCUUCUUCUUCCUGCGCGAAGCCGCUACGCUUUUCAUCUUAGUAAAGCCCGACACGAUGGAUAGCCUCUCGAGAUCGCUAUGCGAGCGGUUAUUCUGGGUCUUGUUAGUUUCCGAAAGGUCUCACGCAAUCCGCUACCGACGCCCCAUCACACUCCAGGUCACGACCAACGGCUUCGGACUGUCGUUAUCUAGCGACGAAGACCGCUCGCUUUGCGGAUUCCGGUGUCUCGCUGCUCUCUUCCGAGGUUUGGAUACGAGUUUCAUAGCCCUGCUUAACCAAGAAACGGUGUCGCGCACGUUGGCCCACGAUUCGCUCGACGACGUCGAAAUAUCCAUAAACACGGCGCUGAAUCACUCCUGCCCGUCUGACCUUCUCCCGACGCAGAAAGCCAACCUUAGGGUAACGCAACUGUGGCUCCGCAUCGUCCUCUGGCAACUGCGUCUGCGUUUAGGACACCUCUCGGAGCAGAGCACGCAGAGCAGCCGUACCUAUCACUAUCCCCUCGACGUCGCGAAGGACCUGACGCUGUCGACUCGCGAUUUACCUAUACACAGCAUCCAGGUGCACGGGGCCGGCAUAACGGAAAAACUAUUCGACAUAUCCUGCGCCGUCGUGAACGUCCUCGCUCGGGUACCCGUCAGGGUGACCAAGGCGGCGGCCGAGGAUGAUCUGAAGUACGUGAGGCGCUUAAUAUUGCAACUACCAGGUGGUGCGACGGUCUACGACGCAUUGCUGCUCAAGCAUAUUCAGCAGACCUUACCAACCAUGGCGGCGGCAUUGGAGGUGUGAUGUAGAUAUCCCAAUCACCCUAUUAUAACGAAUAAUUUGAACAGAGGUCGGGUUCCUUUUAUGCCAACUUGCAAGGCUUAUAACAGAAUAUUGGGUUACAAAAGUGCAGGCGUUUCUAGAUUAAUCUUGACAUGUACAUGGUACAUGUGCUGUAAAUUACAAUAUACCUAUCUUCAAGA